CGAUAGAAAUGAAAUAACUUUAAAUUUUUUUCGAAUUUUUACGAUAUUUCUAAUUAUGCUUGAUAUAUUGUUUCCAAUAAUUCCAUACUAUGAUAUAUAUGGAAUUAUAUCAACAUCUACUUUAGUAUUUAUUCUAAUAUAUAUUCAAAUUAUUGAACAAAAAUGUCAAGCAUCUGUUGGUACAAUAUUAGCAAAUGAACAAACUCAAGCUAAGCAAUACUUAAUAAAGGGAAACUAUAAUGAAGCUCUAAUCCAUUUUCAUAAGGCUGUGGAAAUUGCUCCUAAUGAGCCAUCCACAUAUUUCUCAAGAGCUACAUGUUUUUUAGCUAUGGGGAAGUCUAAAUCAGCUUUAAAUGAUUUUAAUAAAGUAUUAGAACUCAAGCCUGAAUCCCUAGAGGCAAAAUUAUACAGAGGGGAUUUACUCAUUAAAUUAGGUGAUUAUGAUCAAGCACAUAUUGACUUUGAAAACAUACUUAGAAAUAAUCCCCAAAACAAAAAUGCGAAUUCUCAACUCAUAUUGGUGCAAAAUUUAAAAGAGGACUAUGAACACAUUAUUUGGUUGAUUGAAGGAAAUAAAAAUUGUCGAGAUGCCAUACCUAUGCUUGCAAACUUGAUCAAAUCAAGCCCAAUGAAUGUUAAACUGCAUGAAAUAAAAGCUGAAUGCCUCCUAAACCUGGGUCAAAUAACGGAAGCCAUUGCGGAGUACAAAUCUAUCUCCAACUUGAUACCUGAUGACACAGAAUUUAUAAUGAAGGCCAGUAGAGCUCUUUUUGAUAUGGGAUUUAUCGAAGACGCUCUAAUUGAGAUCAGAAAAUGCCUAAAAGUCGAUCCGGAAAGCAAGGCGUGUUUCCCUUUUUAUCAAUGGGUCAAGAAAUUGAACAGAUUUUUAAUUCAAGCCACUUCCAAUGUAGAAGCUUUACAGUUCAAAGAAUGCUUGCAUAAUCUAGACAAAUUGAAGCAAAGUAUAGGAGAUUCUCCUGAUUUGCUUAGGGCUAUGGCUCAUAGGAUAUCUCAAAAGGAAUGUCUCUGCAUGGCCAAAGAUAAUCAACCAGCUGCUUUGGAAAAAUGUGAAGAUGCCUUACAUAUGGAACCUAACGAUGUCGAAACGUUGUUGAUCCGUGCACAUAUAUAUCUUGACAACGAUGAAAAUAACAAAGCCAAAACCGAUUUUGAAAGAGUAAAGGAAAUCGACCCGAAUGAACAAAGAGCUCAUGAAGGUCUGAAUAAGAUUAAAAACGUGAACAAACGCAAGGAAUUGAAAGAUUAUUAUUCCAUUUUGGGCGUCAAAAAAUCGGCCAGCACAAAAGAAAUAAGUAAAGCUUACAGGAUAUUAGCCCGUAAAUGGCAUCCAGAUUUGAACAAGGACAAGCCAAAAACUGCUGAAAAGAAAUUUCAAGACAUUGGUGAAGCCAAAGAAGUUCUCACUAAUUCGGAAAAACGGAAAUUAUACGACAGCGGAAUCGAUCCCAAUCGACCAGAGUCUCAACAACAAGGUGGUACACCAUUUUUCUUCCAGAACGGCGGUGGCGAUUUUUUCCAAACCUUCGAUGGAUUCCCUUUCCAGGGUCAAGGGUUUCAAUUUCGCUUUGAUUUUGGAUAAAUUUGUCUACAUCUCAUUCAUUUCGAUCUUCCUUUUUUUCUUAUAUCUAAACGAGUGUUAAUAAUUUUAAUUUAUUCCGCAAUUCAUUCCCCCUCCCUAAAAUACAUGUUACAUUUUAAGAAAAACGAGAUUCAUUGUUUGAAAUAUAAAACAUUUUUGUUAUAUUAUUUUUGACAUUCGCCUUUUUAUUCAUCUUGUUA